ACCCUACUCAAUGGAACAAGACACUCUGACUCACACUCAAGAGGUGUGUAUUGAGAAGUAUGUAUUGAUGGCACUGUGAGUACCUCCCAGGGCCAUGGCAUUACCCUCAUCACAAGCUCGACACCGACCACCCAGCUCCCACUGUGGACUCCAGGUGAUGUGUUCCAGUCCCUGAUGGCUGCUGCCACAGCCUCCCAGAUGCCCCUGCCUGGGCAAUGCUAAGCUUCUGGGAGCUGUGAUGACUCCUGGCACUGCCAAAUGCUUCUGUCUCUGCUGAUCUCAGCCGGGUGCAGAGCCAGCAGCUCCAGUCUAUGGCAUUUCCCUCCAGCUGAAGCAGCAGGCAAGGAUUUAAGUCCUGCCGGUGGGAGGCACAGUAUGACAUGGUGCCCUCCUCAUGGGGUGCUGGAAUGCCCAGUACCUGCCCCCACAGAGGCUGUGGGACAGAAACGUGGCAGCAAAGAGGUCCCUUCCCACAUUUUUGGGUGCAGGAAGGGUGUUUGUCUUUUCUGCAGGAACAGCCGCCUGGGACGCAGCUCGGGGAGCCUUUCCCUUCCUCCCCACAGAGUAAAUGGCCAGACAUUUACCGAGAUUGAGAUUACAGCUCACAUGUAUCUGGAUUUCUGUCCCACUCACUGUGCCUGGGAGAAAGCAGGGGGCACUUUGGAAACCCUGCCAAGCCCUGUUCCUCUGCCCAGGGGGAACAGAGGUGGGAGAGAAGGGGCUGACAGUUUCCCUGCCAGCAAUGGGAUGCCAAGGCACAGCUCACCCACAGCAGGGUGCCCUGGGGCAAGUGUUCCUGUGCUGAGAGCGAUGCAGCUGUCCGGAGCAGCCUCUGGCCCUGGGCAGCAGGCUAAGAGUGAGUGUACUUGUGCCCGCCCAGCCUCGGGACUCCAGCAGGGCAGAGAAGCGAGCCAUUGUCCCCGCACAGAGUCCACGGCUGGUACAGGCUGCGGGUGGGACACAGCGUCUGUGCCAUGGCCGGACUGGUCCAGCCAGCAGUGAUCGUGGUCCUCCUCUGCUUUGCUGCACAUCUGGAGGCCAGCCCGGAGCUGUCUGGGUACCUGCGCAAGGUGCUGAGGAACCACACUGCCCACACCUGUGAUGGAGAGCAGCUCCUCAUCAUCUGCCCUCGCAAAACCACCAUCAGUAUCCUCGGGGCCUUCUAUGGGCGCCGAGUGCCCAGCACCAACCUCUGCCCCAGCCCUGACAAUGCCACCCAGGAGAGCACCGAGUGCAUGUCUGCAACUGCCCACCUGAAGCUGCUGGCUGAGUGCCAGGACCAGCAGUGGUGCCAGUUCUCAGUGCACAGCCAGGUCUUUGGGCCAGACCCGUGCCCUGGGACACACAAGUAUCUCAUCGCUUCCUACAAGUGCCGGCCAGGGAACCAUCGGGUCAAGACCGUGUGUGAGAAUGACAAACUCAGGCUGCAGUGUCGACCAAAAUCCAUCCUGGCCAUUUAUUCUGCAAGUUAUGGACGGUUCCAGCGGGGCAAACCAGAAUGUGAUGCCUUGAACACUGGAGGACCCCAUAUAGAGUGUGUGGCUCCAGAUGCUCUGCACAGGGUCUCCAAGAAGUGCCACCGCAAGGGGAACUGCACCGUGGCUGCUGACAAGGCCACCUUCGGGGACCCAUGCCUCCCUGGCAUGAAGAAGCAGCUGCGAGUCUCUUACACCUGUGUGUCCAAGCAGCUGCUGGAGGAGGUGGGCCCUGACACCUCGGACCCCUUCCUGCUCUCGGACUACAUGCACGGUGGCUGGUACAAAGGGCCCAGGUUCUCCAGGCUCCAGGAAGACCGCAUGAUUUUUACUAGCUCUCUGGCAGCUUUUGCCCACCUUUGGGGUGUUCCAGAGAAAGUUGCCCUCUACUUUCUUUGUGGAGUCUCAGGAGGCCUCAUGCUGCUGCUGUGCAUCAUUAGCCCCAAAACAACCUUCUUCCAGGAAAUGGGAGAGGCUCUCAAAGAUCCAGAGCUGGGGAGCAGCUCAGAGCUGAGCAGAACCAAGCUGCGGGAUGAGCAGGAUGAGGACAUUGCUGAUGACAGCUCCUCAGACUCCUCCUUCCGCCGCCUCACCCGCACCUACCGUGCCACUGACAGCAUCUUCGGCCCUGAGCUGACCGCAGCCAUGGAGGGAGCCAUGGAGCACCAGGGCCACAGUGGGGAUGAGAUCUGGAUGCCCAAGGAGUCAAGCCCAUAUGUCAUACACAAGAUCAAAUCAGCCACCAAAUAAGAACUGAAAGAAAAUGGCAGGAGCGCAGCAGAGGGGUGAGGGCUCAGUGGGAUCUGACAUCAGAGAGACCAUAAGAGUUUGGGAUCCCUGGGUGACUGCACACCCUGAGCAGAAGCAGGGUCAUGGCAGCUCUCCAGUGUGUCCAGCCACACACUGCUCCACCAGCAUGGAAACCUCUAACCCAGGGGUGACGUGCAGUCCCUCAGUAUGAUGAGGGGCUGUGGAAUGGUUCUGUGGGCCAUGGGCUCCUUUGCCAUAGACACCACUAACCCUAACCUAACCUCCCUGUUUUCAGCUUGCAUCAUCUGGCUCUAGAGUUUAAUCCUGCUCAGCUGUGCCAAGCCCACCCUGAUCCCUUCAAGGCUGUUUGCUCCUAUUUCUCUUUGGGUACCGGCUUCCACUCCUGGUGCUGCAAACACAUCCUGCACUGGGGAACUGUGCCAGUGGCGGAUAGGCAGGAAUGGCCAGGACACAGGGAGAGGCAGGUAGAGGGGGUGUGCAAGCACAGCAGGCAUCAACAGCACAUCCCCACCACGGUGCAUGUCAUGCAGCCCUGCUGUUCCAAGGAGGCUACUCCCCAGGCUGGGGCCACUGGCACCUUGGUACAACACUGGCUCUCACCUCCCUGCAGGCAUUCAGGAGCUGUGUCAUCCCAGCACGCAUUGCUCUGUGCUUUCCUCUCUACUUUCCCCAGGGGCAGGAGAGCCCCAAGUUUUAACUUACUGUGUUUUUUUACAAUGAAUAAAUGCAAUAGCUCUUAGGCACAAUA